AUGGAGGACAUGUUUAAGGAUCUGAUCUGCGUGUCGGCCAAUGAGGUCCUCAGGGCAACCUUCAUCAAAACCACUUCUACAGAAGAGUUCAUUGCUCUGGACAGAGUCAUGAAACUCCUCUGUACAGAAGUAACUCACACGGUCAACUCUGUGCUGAAGGACAACUGUGGCUUUGAGCGUGUUCUGCUGGUGGAGGAGAAGGACAACUCCACACCAUGGAGAACUCUGCGCUACAUCGCUGCUAAUGCACCAAUGUUCCUGCUCCACAUGACCUUCUCUGACCAGUGGGAAAAACUUCUAGAGGUCUCACUGAAAACGAACUGA